AUGCAAGCGUCUGUUUCAGAGGAAUCUGAGGAGGAAGCAGUCCUGAGCCCGCCAGCUCCUUGUGAGCCAGCUCAGCGUACGGCAACCUUCGAAGAGGAAGUGCCUUCCAAAGCAGAAGUGAGCGCGCCUGCAGUCACCAAGCCGGCUCCAUCUGCGGGAGAACCCACUGAUUCUGAAGUGGUGGAGGAAGUGCUUGUGAGUGAGAAGUCAUCUCAGAGUGAGGGCUUGCCCAAACCUGUGUUUGAUAUCAACCUUGCCGAGCGCUACCUGUCCGAUGUUGCGGAGGUCCUGGAGAAGCUUGCACAUUCUGUGCCACUCCAGGCCGAGGAUGCAACCAUUCCAGUCCCCGUGCCAACUGAGGAAGUCUCGGACGUAGCUCCUAGUGAGCCAGUUCGAAAGGAAUCAGACCUGGCAGAGUCAUCGCAGACUGAGGAAGUUCUUAGUGUGCCCGGGUCCUACCCGGCGACUUUGGAGGAAUCAGUUCUGCCUUGGCUUCGGGAAGCUUUACCAGCUGAUGAGAGUGCGUCCGCUGAUUCUAAGCCGACUCCCACUGGUGAAGUGAAGGGUGAAGUGAAGUCCGCGAUUGAGGAGGAAAAGGAGCAGCCCACCCUCAAGGUCUGGCCCCCGCACAGUGGUCCAGCUGACCCAUGGGAUUUCGAUCCUGUGAACCUGGCCCGUGUUGAGCGGAAAAGACGGGGUUUGCCCUCUCGCCUCAAUCAAUUGCUGGAUAGGCAUCCAACCAAUCCAGCGGCUUACGCGGACUUCUGCGUGUCCGAUGAGCAGGGUAGCGAAAGUGCACCCUGUCUCCCGUCGUCCUUUUCCGAAGAACAUUCCCGUGCGGGGGAAGUGAAGGGAAAGGAAGCCAUAAGUGCUCAAGUCUUCGAGGAGAUCGCAGCGGAACAGCGGUCGUCACUGGAAGGAUCAAUGGAGGCACAACCCACCGGCUUCGGCCAACGUUCGGGUUCGUCUCCACCGCCCAGCCCCAGUUCCCCUGCUUUCGACCAGUAUGACUUGCUAAGCAUGGAGGCUAGUGUGAAGGAGUUGGAGGAAUCUGUAGAGUCCACCUACUUGGACCAGGAUGGUGCAGAAGAACUGCGGUCGUCACUGGAUGGAUCAAUGAAGACACGGCCCUCUGGCUCCGGCCGUCGUCCGGGCCUGUCUUCACCUACCAGCCCCGCGGUGAAUGCCCUGACUGGACCCCGAGUACGAUGCAUGGGUCCAGAGGAUCUCUUGGAGGAACGAGUAGAGACCGCCCACUCGACUCAGAACGCUGCAAAGGGACCACGGUCGUCACCGGAGGGAUCAAUGGAGGCACAGCCCACCGGCUCCGGCCAUCGUCCGGGCUUGUCUCCACCCACCGGCCCCGUGGUGAACGCGGCUACUGUUUUCGAGAUGCCAGGCACGGAAUCGAAAGUCCUCGGCUGGUUAGAUGUUGGACUUCGGGUGAUGGUCAUGACGUACUUGGCAUUGGUCAUCCUUCUCCAGACCUUCGUAUUGCUCGGAGGUCACCUGGAAACCUUUGCCUCCGUCUUCCACGGACCGGACCACAUCUUGUCGGAGCUGCGUGCAGGCCAUGACAACCAAAAUUCGCUCAUGGAUUGGUUGGUCUAUGUGGUAGUGCGUUGGCUUGCUGGCGACCGGAUGACGCCUGGUUAA